AUUGUCCAACCUCCUUUCCUUUAUUUUCAAACCGACUUCCUGCUGAGGGUCAUAUGCAUUCAUUCAAAACACUGUGAAUCUUCGCCAAUAGUGAAAUUUAUACCUCAUCUGUGUAUCCUAGGGCACCAAAACGAUUUAUUGAUUGAGAUCUCCAGCGUAGCCAACCACGUGCACCGAGUUACCUAGCAGUAAUCACCAUGUCUAAGAACAACCAUAAAGAUAUCAUCGUCACCAUCAAAAACCGGAUUGGUGUUAUUAAGGUUAUAUAUCUAUGCUAUUUCGGCAUCAAUUUUCGCUAAUAUACAAUUAGUUCAAUCGUCCCCAAGCUCUAAACUCUUUUGGAGGGACUCUACUUCCGGAAACAAUUGCUGCUCUCCGGGAACUAAAUGAGCAUCCCGAUACGGUCUUCACCGUCUUGACCGGUGAAGGGAGAUUCUUUUGUGCCGGUGCGGACGUGAGACGUGUGUAUUUCACUCGAACUCUCAUAUUACGAACGUACUGACAUGUGAUACCUAGAGAAUGGUGGACCAGUUAGUGAGACAAACUAUGCCAACGCUGCGGAAAAGAAAAUUGCAUAUCUCUCCAGAUUUACCCUUGGUAAGCAGUUCCCCGCCCCAAGACCGACCUUAAAAGCCUAACAGCCCAGCUCUCGAACUUAUGCGUUCGAUAAUUGAUCACACCAAAGUGUUUAUUCUCGCCAUGAAUGGUCCGGCAGUAGGAGCUGGCGCAGCAUGGUUCCCUGGAGUAGCUGAUAUAGUCAUCGCAUCUACGUCAACUUACCUCGAAAUCCCAUUUUCAGCGCUGGGUUUGGUUCCAGAGUGUGGUUCGGCUAUCUCACUAACCCAAUCCAUGGGUGUUCAUCGUGCUAAUGAAUUCCUCAUGUUUGGAAGGAAACUUAACGCUGACGAGAUAUUAUCGUUUGGCAUUGCUAAUCAGAUAUUUGAAAAUGAAGGGUUCGAGGAGAAGGUCACGGAAUAUCUAGAGGCCAUGUUGAAUAUUAAUGAUGGGAAAAGUAUGAUGGAGGCAAAGAGGCUGCAAAAUUUGCCAUUAAGAGAUUCAAGGAUGUUGGCGGUGUAUAACUCUAUCGAUGCAUUGGCUGAAAGGUUUGUUGACGGGGCACCCAAUGCAAGAUUUCAGGCUAAGAGGAAGGAGAUGGAAGGUGAGUUAUCGAGUUUCCUUUUGUAUUGAUGCUGGUUUUGGGCUAAUGUGAAUUUGUAGCAAAAUCCAAGAAUAGAACGUCGAAAAUCUAGGAUGGGGGCUGAGCGAAUCAAAGAAUACAUUAAGAUGUGGCCAUUUUUCAAUAAUUAUCAUUUGACGAAUGACAAUAUACAUACUCUUCCUUCAAGUC